AGCUGCAUCUGCUGCUAUUGCAGUGGCGCAUGCGGAUGCGGAUGCGGAUGAGGAAUGGCGCCGCGAUGGGGUGGAGGAGCGGACGGGAAGAUCCUUCGCAUGGGAGGGAGAGGGAGAGAGGGAGCAAGCAAUCGUAGUAUCAGGCCGUGUUCUUUGCUAAGUUGCCCUUCUUCCCUUGGGGUGGACGAUGCCGCUGGUGGUGGUGGUGGUGGUUGCCGAGGUAAUUGGUGAUGUGGAUUCUGUGUUGGAGGGUGGCGUGGGUUUGGCGUUGAGGUUGUGGGCAUGAGUGCUGCAAUUUGGCGAACAGGGCAGGGUUGGGGACGCGAUCAGGUGAUGAGAGGAGGUGGGGACCGUGUCGGAUGUGUUGGGGUUUUGGAUUAGAUGCUGUGGAUUAGAAGCAGCAACCAGCGCAGGUAGGUAGGCCACGGCUAGAUGAAUAUGGACAUGGAGGCGCCCGAGAAGAAGCGGUCGCCCCAAGCAUGGAAGCUUAGGUUGCCAUGGGAACAGCAAAAACAGGCAGAGAUACAGAGAAGUGCUUUCAUUCAAAGUCAGGAGAAGGCAAGAGCUAGUACUUCCUCAAUGUCCAACAUAGCUCGAGCAUUUAUGAUUAGCCGAAGACGGCUUCGGCUGGACCCUGAUAAGAAGUUACACUUUUUAUACGAACCAGGCAAACAGGUUUCAAGUGCAAUCAAGAUUAAGAAUGUUAGUCGGUCGCAUGUUGCCUUCAAGUUUCAAACCACAGCUCCGAAGAGUUGCUUCAUGCGUCCACCUAGUGGCGUGCUCGCACCAAAUGCGACCAUUCUUGCAACAGUGGUGAAAUUUCUGGAAACGCCUGAGCGUCCACAAGAAAAAAAGACCAAGGACAAGUUCAAAAUAGUCAGCUUGUCAGUGCAAGCGGGAGUUGACUACACUCCAGAAUUGUUUGAGGAUCAAAAGGAAUUGGUCACGGUGGAGCGCAUCCUUCAAGUGGUCUUUAUUGAUCCACACAAAUCCUCUCCAGAAUUGGAUAAGUUGCAGAGGCGCCUCGCCGAAGCUGAAGCAGCUGAAGCAGUUCGCAAGAAGCCUGCAGCAGACUUGAACCCUAAAGGCACCAUGGUUGUGGAGGGGCUUGUGAUCGAUGAAUGGAAACAGCGCAGGGAAAAUUACCUUGCUCGGCAACAAGGCGAAGGUGGAGAAUCUUUAUGAGAAUAGGUUUUGAAAAGUGGGUUUAGAUGUGUGCUGUCUGUAGAGCAAGUAAGUUGGUACUUGCCUUCCUGACCUGGGUUUCUCAGACUACCAUAUUGGCAGAGUUGGCACGCAGGUGUUAUGUUCGGAAAGAACCAGCUCGCCCUUAAAUACUACAGUAUUGUCCAGAUUCUCGUUUCAUGCCGGUGCUGACACCAGUGCUCUAAAGUAGCUAUCCUUUAAGCUGUAAAGCUUCAAGAGUUCCGGGCUAAACUUAGAUUCUCCUAAAGAUGCGAAUUCCAAGACGAAGAUCGCUUCAAAACAGAGGAUAUGAGAUUUGUUGACGUGAAACUAUCCGCACAAUCUAGCUUGAAAAAUAUGUUACUGACAAUAUGAACCAGAGCUUUGCCAAUUCAGUUUAGAAGCAUUCUAUUUGUAUGCAUAGUUGGAUAUUUGGUUAGUGCUCUUCAAACUUUCAGAAAUCAAUAAUAACCAGCAGGGUUGUUCUAGCCCUUUUCGGCA